AUGGACGGGACAGAUACAGGAACCAGUAUGCAAUCAAGGCCAUCUCUAGAUUGGCGUAACCAUGAUUUCUUUGAACAGGCUAGACGAAUUGACUACGGAGCGGAGGAGGAUGAAGCAUGGCCAAUUCCGUCGCGAGAGAGCAUGCAAGAAAAGUUUGCUUUUCGCCAAGGCAUUCGAGAAGAGACGCUGCAGCACCGCAGAAUACACAAGCAUGGUGGCAUGGGUCAAACAGGGCGGAAUAUUUCGUUGGUUCUUCGUGAUCGAGAACUGAAAGGUGCCUCAGGAGUGGCUCUGCGCCGCCGUCCUUCCGACAAUCCCAAGAAUGUCAAACAGGUCCAAGGAGGCAAUACUAGUAGCACCAACAAUAACAAGCAUGCAAGAGAGAAUGGCGUCAUCGCUGCGAACAACGUAUCAAAAGGAAAAACAACAAACACAAACAUCAGUGGAUCCAAUCAUCUGCAAAAGCCAAAGCUCAGCAACAAUAGAGUUUGUUACCCGACAAAAAUCUCUCACGAGGUUCAGUUGUUCGCUGAGUAUUACAGCGUCGUGCGCUAUCAUUCCGCUUUUUUCAGACAUUUGGGUGGUGACGACGAACAAGGGGAAAGUGGAGAGAGACCUUCGUCUUCCAAGGCUGUCAGUACCAUUUCGAUUGCCUUCUCUCCGGAUUCUCAGACUAUGGCGUCCACUCACGGUGAUCACACUGUCAAAAUCACUUGCUGCUCUUCGGGGUCCUUAUUGCAAACUUUGGAAGGACACCCUCGGACGCCUUGGACUGUCAAAUAUCACCCUAUAGAUUCCGCAGUUCUGGCAAGUGGCUGCCUCGGACACCAGGUGCGCUUGUGGCACUGGCCUGACAAAGUCUGCUUGCAGAUGAUUCGGCUGGAAUUCGCCAUUAUUAGUUUGAGCUUUCAUCCCACCGGAAAUUUGCUAGCCGUCGCAAAUGGGACCAGGCUGCACUUUUGGGGGUACAACCAAAAGACAAAUUCCAGCUCCGAUACUGCCGCACAAAACGAACGAGCUGGGUCGUCGGCUAGGAAUUCACGCGGAAUUUUGACCGAGGUUGAUCAGAGACACAUGCUGCGGUGCGUUCACUUCCCACCAGAAGGAAAUAGUAUCAUCAUUGGUGGAGUUAAUCCGACGACAGAUGACCCAAGAAGGAGGAGGGGCGGAAUUGGUGGAAAUGGCAUGAGUUUCUACUUGCGUCUGUGGGAUUUUGAUAUCGGGGCAGCUCUUCAAACGUUCGAUGAUAGUGCCUCGUCCGGCCGACGGAGAGCAAUUAGCAAUCCGCGGACGUUUGUCCCACGGGCUCUUUUAUACAACGAUGGUGGCUUUGACGUUUCGCCGGAUGGGAAAGAGCUGUGCGCCUGCGCUGAGUAUUGGUUGCCAGAAGGCGUCAACAGUGCGAUGGAACUCGUGCAACGAGAUGACGAAGAGGAUUAUUCUGAUGAUGAGGUCGAAGCGGAUGGUGGACAAGAGCACUCUGUAGACGGCAGCAACAAUAGGCAAUCUGAAAGAGAAGGAGCAUCAACACCCACGCAGACCGAUGUUCCGGAAGGUGAUCGAGCCGUUUUGUCCACGCCACCUCCCAGCGGUACUAGUGGUGACGGCCCCCGCACCCCUGUUCGCUACAGCACUCCUGUUCCACCACCAGCCGACACACACAGAGGGAACGCAGCAGCUUCCAACAGUCAGGAGAUAGCGCCUCAGACACCUCCACGAUCCAACCGUCCGCGGUUGGCUCUAUCACCUCCGUCGCCUCCUGGGAGGCGCUUCUCGGGCGGGGUUAACCGCGGUGGUGCCAAUGCUGGUCCAGCUGGAAACUCGUCGACAUCUCACCGAAUCCAACCAUUGCUCUCAACACCCACCCAAAAUCAACAAAGCGGCCCUGGACCCAUCCCUCCGCCACCCCCACCGCCUCCACCACCUCCUGGAAUUGCCAGCAGGCCACCCCAUCCACUCUCGAUCAUUUCAGGAGGGGCCAACUACGAGGAUGUGCUGAACAAGAAAGGGCGUUAUGUGCCGCAUGUGGUUACAGUCAGCCUCGACACGACACCCAUGGCUGACGCAGCCGAAGCGCAACGAGGCAUAAUGAAGUUGACACCGGUUGCAAGGGGCUAUCGUCCCCGAUUAGGUCAGCUUUUGGAAGCCAGCCCGUUGGACGGGGCCAAGGCGUCAGCAGUCACCUGCGUCAAGUUUUCGCCGUCCACCGACUUCUGCCUGAUCGGGUAUGGCGUUAGGGAACCAGUGGUGGAGGGAGGCGGGCAUUACCAUCCCGUGACAGCUCUGUAUCGUGUUCGCGGAGGAAUGACCCAUGUAUCAACCAUGCUCAGCGGUGAUGAUGAUGUGAACAUUGCAAGGUUUCACCCUGACUCUGGUUACGGGUUUGUGUAUGGGACCAAACAAGGUCGAGUCCGAGUUCUGAGCCCGAGACCAUGGAAUUUUUAUCACUGA